AUGUCGAAUCGUCACAAAUCAAACAUUGCCAGAUCGACCCAAUUACCACCCGAAGCUGUCGCACUCGCCGGCAAGCUUUUCGACUUCGCCCGGGAAGGCAAGACUGCAGAGCUUGAGCAAUACAUCUCAGCCGGCGUUCCAGUCAAUCUGACGAACCACAAAGGCGACACACUGGUCAUGCUAGCUGCUUAUCAUGGCCAUCUCGAGACUUUGAAGAUGCUUCUUGACAAAGGAGCAGAUAUGAAUGUGCUCAAUGAGAGAGGCCAGAGUCCGAUCGCAGGAGCGGUGUUCAAGGGAUAUGAUGAGAUUGUUGCUUUGAUGGCAGGGAGAGGAGCCGAUCUUCAGGCCGGGCAGCCCAAUGCGAUUCAGUCAGCGCAUAUGUUCAAGCGCGAGGAGAUGUUGAGAGUGUUUGGCGAAGAUGGAGCGGCGUCUUGA